AUGGAGUUCGAGGCGCUUGUAUUCUGCGGUGAUGGGCGACGGCUUAGCCCUGUGGCUGGCGAGUCCAUGACCAAGGCCAUGCUGCCGGUGGCCAACAAGCCUCUGCUUGCGCACACCCUCGAAUGGUGCGAAAAGGCGAUGUUCAAAAAGAUCACGUUGGUGUGUACGCCAAUGUCGAUUCGUGAGAUCACGGCGUACGUUGAGCUGCAGCCGGGCUCCCGAAGCAUCCCCAUUGAGAUUGCGGAGUUCGCAUCGACCACAGGAGAGACGCUCGCCUGUUUAGCCUCCAAGAUCGACUCUGACUUCGUCGUGCUGCCCUGUGAUUUCAUUACUGAUUUGGAUCCUGAGCAGCUUCUUAGUGUGCAUCGAGCCAGCGAUAUCAAAAACCUAGUGACCGGCUUUUACUACCGCAACACUAUUGAGAGUAUCGAUACCAAAAAGGUUCUGGGACCCGAUGUCUUACUUCACACCCCGUUCGACAAGGACGGACAGGCGGUGCUUUUGGAUGCAUAUGAGCGCCAAUUUGUCAAAGACAACAAGCACCUUGACGUUCGCAUGGCAAUGCUGUGGAAAUUCGGUAACGCCGUUGCUUCUACUGAUCUUCUUUACACCUCGAUCUACGUAUGCCGCCGGCCGGUUUUGGAUAUUCUUUCAGAGGCCGAUGAAGACGCUUCCGUAGCGGUUGAAAACAAGACCGUUCACAAGCUUAUGCGUAACUUUGCUCGUCGCACAUGGCAGCAUCGUAAAAAGCUCGACACAAUCGCCGUGGCUCAGCUCCCGGCCUCUGCAUGUUAUAUCCGGGCCAACAAUCUUCCUGCCUAUCUCGAGGCCAACAGACACAUAAUGAAAGUGAGAGCUCGGGACAUGGCCAAGUCAGGGACUGCUGCUGCUCCUGCUGCCAAAGAGAAAGGUGCCGCUUUAGUCGGUAACGAUUCGUUGGUAGGCGACGAAUCUGCUUUGGGAGCCAAAUCAAGCGUCAAGAGAUCGGUGAUUGGCAGCAACUGCACAAUCGGCACCAAGUGCCGCAUUACAGGCUGUGUCGUUCUCGACGGAACCACAAUCAGUAACGACGUGGUGCUGGAAAACUGUAUCAUUGGCCGCGCGGCAGUUAUUCGCGACAGAGUCCGUCUGACGUCCUGCGAGGUCGAAGGUGGCUACGAAGUGCCCAGUGGCUUUGAAGCAAAGAACGAUGUGCUCAAGGGCUUGUCCAUGUCUGGCCUGGAUGAUGAAGAAUAUGAAAAUCUCUACGAAUCGCUGAGCGAGGACGAGGACGACGGAGACGCCGAUGAAGGGUCCAGCGACGCUGAUGAAAUCGAAGAAGAAGAGUACGACGCUGAAGACGACUUUUUCGACCGUGGUUAA